AUGACUGAAUCAGUUACAACAAGGAAAACAGCUUAAAAGAAGGAGCCUUUAGUAUAAAAGAGAUUUUUUAUAAGCUCUUUAAAUACUUUAGUUGGCUAAGCAUUAGUUGAAUCACUUAGAAAUGAUCAUAUAAAUGAUGAAAAUCCUCAUUUUAUAGUUGGUUCACUCUCUCCUCAUGAUUAAAGCGAUGUACCUAGAGGUGUCUUUAGAGUGAUAGACACCUCGAAGUUGACAUUUCUGUCUAAAGUUAUUCUUGAUUCAGAUGUUAUAAUAUAUGAUUUGAAUUCUUGUGAUUUAGAAGAAGCAGAAUUUGCAAUUAAAACACUUAAAAUGGGUGAAUACAAGGACGAGAAAAUUCUCAUUUUUAUUUCUAGUGUAAUGGUUUGGUCUAAUACUCCCUUAAGAGAAAAGAAAGAAAAUGACGAAAUAAGAGAAGAGGAUGGACUUGAAGAACCUUAAAGCGAUAAUGAAGACGAAGCAUAGAAUGCUGGUGGUGAUGAUGAAGAAGUACAAAAGAAAGUUUAUUUAAGAUACACUGAAAAAGAAUACACUUAAAGAAAGCCUCUUCCAAAAUAUGAAGUAUUAAAAUCAUUGGAAACUAUGUGUAUUGCUGCAGGAAAUGCUAAAUAAAAUUUGAGAUCUUAUGUACUCUGUUCUGGUAUUCAGUAUGGUAAUGGUGAAUAAGUUUUCUAUGAUCAUUUCUAGAGUGCUUGGUUGUAGGACCCAGAAGAAUUAAUAGUUGUUGGAGAUGGCAAAAAUAGAAUUCCUACUAUUCACGUUAGAGAUUUAGCAAUGUUUGCCAAGAAAAUUGUUGAUAAACCACCAAAUUAAAGCUAUAUCUUUGCUAUCGAUCAUAAUUAAAAACCAACUCAAUUAAGUUUAGUCCAAGCAAUAAGCAAAGGAUUAGGUACUGGCAAAGUCAAGCAUAUUGAUCUUGCUUAAGCUGCUCUAAGUAAUAAUAAUUUUGAUAUAUUCUCUCUUGAUGUUAGAUUGCGCCCUUCUAGAGUGUUUGAUCUUACAGCUGAAGAAGAAGAACAAUAGUAAGAAGAUGAUGAAUAAGAUGGAGUUGAUAAACCUCCUAAGGGACCAGAAUGGCACUGUAAAGAAGGUUUAAUCUAAAAUAUUGCCAAGCUUAACAAAGAAUUCAACGAUUUUAAUGGACUCAAGCCUAAUCGUAUUUUCUUAGCUGGCCCUCCUGCUUCUGGCAAGACAUAUUAUGGUGAAAAAUUAGCCAAACACUACAAUAUACCUCAUAUCCUUAUCAAACAUGUAGUUGAAUAAUUUUUGAAAGUUAAUGAAGCUGCUAAAGAAGAAUUUGAAAACUUAAAGUAAACAUAAGUGGAUGCUGCCAGAACAGUUUUUGAAGCUGAAUUGAAAAAGAAAAAACCCAAAAAAGGUGAACCUGUUCCUGUUUUUGAUGAAAACGCAGUUGUAAUUAGACUUCCUGAUACCAUGCUGUUUUAAGCAUUCCAAUGGCGUUUAAAGUAAACAGAUUGUUAAAAUAGAGGUUAUGUCCUUGAUGGAUAUCCCAAAACUUUUGCAUAAGCACAAGGAGUUUUCUUAAAAUCUAAAUUAGCAGAUGGCGAGGAAGAUAAUGAAAAUGCAGAGAAAAUAAUCGAUGAUACAUUAAUACCAGAAAGUGUAGUAUUCUUUUAAGCAUCUGACGAAUUUUUAAAGUAAAGAGUUAAAGAACUCCCUGAAGAAAAGGUAGCAGGAACUCAUUAUAAUGAGGAAGGGAUGAACAGAAGACUAGCUGAUUAUAGAAAACACAAUGAAUAGAAUACUGGAGAACCUAUCUUAUUUGACUUCUUCAAAUAAAACUAAAUAGAUCCCUUAAUUAUAAAUUCUUAAAAUCACGAUAACGAGCCAUUUGAUAAUCUCCGUUCUUUUAUUGAAAGAAAUGGUAAUUUUAAGAACUAUCAAAUUCAUGACGAUGUUUAAGAAAUAGAAAGAGAGUAAGAUCUCAACGAAUAGCUUGAAGAAUAAAGAAAAAGAGAGUAAGCUGAGGAAUAAGCAAGAAAUGAAAAAGAAGAAGAAUAAAGAAGACUUUAAGAAGAAGAUUACAGAUUAAAAAUGGAAAAAAUUAAAAAUUAGGAGAGAGAUAAAUUAGAUGAAAGAUCUCAAUCUUUACGUCAAUAUUUAGCAGACAAUGUUGUUCCUUUCUUAACAGAAGGUUUAAUUGAAUUAUGUAAAACUCAUCCAGAAGAUCCAGUUGAUCAAUUAGCUGAAUAUUUAUUCAAAAGAAGUUUAGAAGUUUAAUUCCCUGAUCCUUCAUCUUAUAAUCCCUACUGA